AAAGCUUGGCUUUUCCAUUAUCAUUUUUGGUCUACGCUUAAUUCCUGUUAAAAGUUGAGUGAGCGAAGCUUAUAGUUUAGUUGUAACAGUUGCCAUGGCUACUCAAGUCGAGCAGCUUCACUUUGUCUUGUUUCCCUUGAUGGCUCAAGGCCAUAUGACCCCCAUGAUAGACAUUGCUAGGUUAUUGGCACAGCAAGGCGUGAUCGUAACCAUAGUUACAACUCCUCAUAAUGCAGCCCGGUUCAAGUCAACCCUUGAUCGUGCCAUAGAAUCAGGGCUCUCUAUUCGUUUAGCUGAAUUUCGGUUUCCAUGUGCAGAAGCAGGAUUGCCAGAAGGGUGUGAGAACUUCGAUAUGCUGCCUUCGUUUAGCUUAGCCUUGAAUUUCUUCCAAGCAGCCAACAUGCUAGAAAAGCCGGUACAAAAAUUGUUUGAGGAGCUAAUGCCACGGCCAAGUUGUAUCAUAUCUGAUGUCGUGUUGUCAUAUACACUCGAUAUUGCUAACCGGUUUCAGAUUCCAAGGAUUGUGUUCAAUGGUGGUUGUUGCUUUCUUCUUCUUUGCCUCCAUAAUUUACUCGUCUCCAAGAUCUAUGAGCGCAUAACCUCGGAGUCAGAGUACUUUGUUGUGCCUAACAUGCCUGACAGAGUUGAAUUUACUAAAGCCCAGAUUCCGGAAGUUAUGUAUGGAAACCUGAAAGAUUUUUCCGAGCAACUGAAGAGCACCGCGCAAGCAUCCUAUGGCGUAGUCAUAAAUACUUUUGAAGAGAUGGAGCCAGAAUAUGUCAAAGAAUACAGGAAGGCAAGAGGAAACAAAGUAUGGUGCAUUGGUCCAGUUUCCCUAUGUAACAAUGAUGCCUUGGAUAAGGCUGAGAGAGGUAACAAGGCCACGGUAGAUGAACACAAAUGCCUCAGAUGGCUUGAUUCUCAAAAGCCUGGCUCUGUAAUCUAUGCCUGUCUCGGAAGCCAAUCUAAUGUGAUACCCUCACAAUCAAUAGAGCUCGGUUUAGGCUUAGAGGCAUCGAAUAGACCAUUUAUUUGGGUUAUAAGAGGAAGUGAUACAUCAAAAGAAGUAGAGAAGUGGAUUUCAGAGGAUGGUUUUGAGGAAAGAACAAAAGGAAGAGGCCUUGUGAUCCGGGGUUGGGCUCCACAAGUACUAAUAUUGUCACAUCCUGCAAUUGGAGGGUUCCUAACUCAUUGUGGCUGGAAUUCCACAAUUGAAGGCAUCUCUGCUGGUGUGCCAUUGAUAACUUGGCCGCUAUUUGCAGACCAGUUUGUCAAUGAGAAAUUGGCGGCACAAAUACUUAAAAUCGGAGUGAAGGUUGGGGUAGAGGAGCCUGUGAGGUGGGCGGAAGAAGAGAAGGUUGGAGUGUUGGUAAAGAAGAACGAUGUUAAAAAGGCUAUAGAGAGGUUGAUGGAUGGAGGAGAGGAAGGAGAAGAGAGAAGAAAGAGAGCCAAGAAACUUGGAGAAAUGGCAAAGAAGGCUGUUGAAACAGGGGGAUCUUCUCACCUCAACAUUACACAGUUAAUUCAGGAUAUCAUGCAAAGAGCAUAUGAUAGGAAGCAGCCUAGCACCUGAGAUGAAGAAGCAGGACUUAUCUCCAUUGUAAUGUUGUUUUAGAUUAAUUUGGAAAAUACCAGUUUUUCCUGGUCAUCAAUUCCAUAUGCAUGUUCAUUGGAUAGUAAGAGAGAUGAAUACAAAUACCAGAUAAAUAAUUGACAACA